AUGAAAUCCCUGGAACCAAAAAGCAAUUCAGGACAUGAAGAAACUCACACAUCUGCGCACAUGACAGUUAAUAGGAAUUUCCUAUCACCGAGCUUAACAAAACGUUCAAUUACUGAAUUUGUAAAUAAAGUGUGCUUGAAACUAAUCACCUUCAAUUUCCACAUUGACUGUUUUAGUGCUUCUCAAUCAUUUCCAAAUAAGUCUAAUUUUUGA